AUGCCUGCAGAACUGACAGAAAACAUCGGGCUUCCUGUGAAUCUGCUUGAGAAACAUGACCUGUGGCCCGCCUAUGUCACGUACACAUCCCCGCUGGUGAAAAGACUGAUUGAGAAAAGCAAAGCCAGAGACGUGGAACGCUUGCAAACGGCCGAGGAGAGCCGGCCGACAUGCAGGCAGAGAAAGCCUCCCAGCGUCAUCCAGCUGGAAAGGAGAAAGUCCUUCACGUCCUUAGGCAACAUGAUGUUCAAGGACGUGGGGUCAGAGACCAUGCUCUCGGCGUGGGGCUCUUUCUCCAUGUCGGACACGGGUCCCCCCGUGGUUCCAGAGCGCACCCACUUCCACGCGGAUGCUAGGGCAAGUCCCACCGCCGACUACAACAAGAUCAUCUUCUCCCGGAAGCCGAGGAUGAGGGUGCUUCCGUACCGCUCACUGCUGGCCGGCGAGGAGAAACACCCCGACAUUUAACAGGGAGUCCCUGCAGCCGCCCCCAAGCUUGUACAGCAGUUAAGGGCCAUUUGCCACAUAUUUCGUGACGGCCUUUGCGUUGGAACUUGCCCCUGCUCGGGCAGAGGUCGGCUGAGAUCAACCAGAUGGAAUGUGGGCCACGGAGGGGGUGAGGGCACCCUGUCUGGCAGUGCAGUCAUGUGCGGGUGGGAAGCCCCCGGGCUCUAGAUCCUGCCAGAGAUGCUUAGAACCCAGCUGGGGGUGAAUCAGUCCUGGUCCAGGCAGGAGACAGCAAUCACACCAGAGAUCCUUUGAUAGAAAGAAUUUCUAGCCAGGUAGCUGCAAAGGCAGGAAGGGGGCACAGAGAUGUGGAUGGAGGGGGCGCCUGCAGGAAGCAGGCUGGGGGGACAAAGAGAAGGCGUUAAGAGUUAGACACUCGGAGAAGGGGCAGGUGGGCUGCAUCUCAGCUCCCAGACGCUGGUGUCCUGAGCUCGCAGGAGACCCCUUUGGGGGUGGCAGCCCCGCCUCUGAGGAGGGGGAGCUGUUUGGCUGACGGACGCCCCGAAGUUGGCUCUGAGAGUGUUCGGAAAACCAAAAUUGGACUCAAAUAUUUGUUUCUGGAAGGAGUUGACACCGUCCGAGUGAACGAGAAUUGCUGGGGGAAACAGAAAGGGACAGGAAGCCGACAGAGGUAAACAGGAAACAAAUCAGGAGCGAGUUCCUUCUUCUUCCUUCAGCCUCCGGACUCCCUCUGGCUCUUUUGAUGGGCAGAGCCUCACCGGGAGGGGAGCAGAAAUGUGAUUUGCAGGAUCCCAAGUCCUGCAUCUCAAAGCAGAGUGCAAAAGGAUGGGCUUGGAGCCAAGGGAAGAUGAGCUCACUACCUGCCCGGUGGGGUUCUGGGCGAUCCCACCUUGCUGCCCGCCUUGGCACCUGGUAUUGGGAUGUUUGCUCCUUGGAGGGUUUACAAAGUGGCAGUGGAGACCCGGGCGUCCCCUGCUGAGAAAUGGAGGAUUUUUCUCCCCUGUAGUUCUUUAAGUCUUGUGGAGCUCAGUUGGCUGGGGGAGGGGUUCCCGGCUGGACCCCAGCUAUGCUUUGUCAGAUGCAGCUGGCAUUGGUCCACCCAUGCUCUGAGCUGUUCCCACGUGGCCUCAAAGCAAACGAUGCUGUACUCAGUCUGGACGCAGAAGACUCUGCCUGUAGACACAAAGAGACUCGAGUUAUGACAGGCAGACCACACGGUCUCAGGCUUGGGGCUUGCCUGCUGAGCAUGGCCUCAUUGGUAGCAUCUCUCUUCUUUGCCCUCACCUGAGUUUCUCUGCUUAUAUUUGUGAAGCAGUUAAUACUCACCCUGUUUCCCUCACGGAGACAUAGAAGAUGCAAUGUGCUAGUUGCUGGAAGAGGCUGAAUUUUUGCAAAAAGAAUAGGUGAUUCCCAGUGAAUCUGAAUGACUGUAUUUGGGUCCACGGAACAUUUAUAGACAUGGAGGCUGGUGAUAAAUUCCCAACGAGAAUUCUUCUCUCUUCUCUCCUUUUAUGGGGGUUUAUAGCCAGAGUAUGUUUGGGAAGCUAUGGAUUAUAGAUCCUCAUUGUGUUAGUGUUCGCAUAGUUUUUUGGGUGUUUUGUUGUUUCUGUUUUUUUAAAUCUCUAGGUGUUUGGCAGUUGUUACACGCAUAUACUCUCUAAGUUAAAAUGGUUGUUUUAUAGACAGUAUUGUUUAGAUUAGUUUAAUUCUCAGCCUGUUACAACCACACAAGCAGGAACCAAGGACAUACGCACUCUAUGCUGUGAUGAAAAUGGCUUGUGUCUGUGACUGUGGUCCAGACGCAUUGUCUCCUGAGGCCGUUUUUGAGAGAGAAACAGUCUAAUUCCUUGGAAAGGAGGGAGUCCCUUCAAGGCCAAGCUGGGUUCGCAGGUCCCUGGGGGGGUGACUGUGUAAACAAGGCUGCAGUGCUGGUGGGUGCGGGCCGGGUGCUUGGCGGUGGCCUGGGAGCC